GUGGCAUCUCUGUGUGCUCAAAUGAACGUCAUGGUGCUCUCCAUCUGGGUCUUGCUCUCAUUCAUAGCCGCCCCGGGUUUGGCGGCACCCACGGCCAUGCCGCAGGAAGCCACCUCUCUUUCCCCUACUGAACAAGCUGACUUGAAAACGGCCACAGAAUACCUUAAGCACUACUACGAUCUGCGAGAGGAACCUGCAGGAAGCUGGGAGCAGAGCGGCCUAUCCUUUGCAUCCAAGUUGAAAGACAUGCAGACGUUCUUCGGGCUCAACGUAACAGGAAGGCUAGAUCGGGACACGCUACGGGUAAUGAGGAAGCCUCGAUGCGGUGUUCCAGAUUCUGCUGAGUAUAGCAGUCACAUCCAAGGUGCACGAUGGAACAAGAAGGUCAUAACGUACAGCAUUGGCAGGUACACCCGAGACAUGCCUCCAAGCACCGUCGACUCCCUGCUCAAAUCUGCUUUCAGCGUUUGGGCCCGAGCCGGCGGCCUGACAUUUGUCUGCUCGCAAAACCGUAACACUGACAUCACGGUGGAGUUUGUCACCCAGGAACAUGGUGAUUCAUAUCCAUUCGAUGGACCCAGUGGCUCGUUGGCGCAUACUUUAGGUCCAAGACUGGCUGUUGCAGGAGAAAUUCACUUUGAUGAUGAUGAACUUUGGGCAGCAACAGGAACAUCUGGUUUGAAUCUUUUUGUGGUGGCCGCACAUGAAUUGGGCCACGUGUUGGGUCUAAAACACUCAAGGGACCCGGCAUCACUAAUGCACCCCAACUACAAGGUCUCUCACUCAGGGCCCAGCCUCCUAUCCAGAGAGGAUGUCACCAAUAUCAACGCACUCUACCGUCCACCCCAAGAUCACCCAGAUCACUUUUCAAGACUAUUCCCUCGACUGAUACAAAACAGAUGUGCUCGGGAUGUGACAUUCGAUGCCGUCUCCACACUCGGGGAUGCCACCAUCUUUUUCAAAGACAGAUAUCUUUGGAUCAAACACAAUCAGGCGCACGAUAUCAAAGAAGGUCCGAUCACCAACUUCAUGCCCAAGAUAGAAACCAGCAUUGAUGCUGCUUUCUGGGUGCCACGCAGGUCGACUGCUUACCUCAUUCGUGAAUCAAUGUUCUGGACGGUGAAAGGCUCCGUCGUGAAAGGAAAGCCCAGAGCUCUGUGCCACUUUGGCUUUCCUGCCUGGGUGCAGGAUGUUGAUGCCGCUGUGCAUAUCGCCAAAACAGGACGAACCCUCUUCUUCAUGCAUGACAUUUAUUGGAGCUUCAAUGAAAACAGAAAAGUCAUGGACUUUGGUUACCCCAAGUACAUCAGCGAGGACUUUCCUGGACUCACUUUCCCGAAUUUAUCAACAAUAAAUGCAGCCUUUCACAAAGAAGCACCGACCCUCGCUUCGACCAUUUCACCAGAUGAUCACGACCUGGCUGAGAAAUAUGUCGCUCAGUUUUACAAUGAUGUCGGGACCAGAAACUCCACAAGGAGAAGCCCUAUUAGGAGCAACUUCAGCGAGGAUCUGGAAACCAUGCAGGCGUUCUUUGGCUUGGAGGUGACGGGGGUCUUGAACAAGGAGACGGUGGAGGCCAUGAAAACUUCCAGGUGUGGUGUGUCAGACAUCGGCCGCUAUGGACACUUUCCUGGGAUACCCAAAUGGACUAAGAAACUUAUAACUUACAGGAUCACUCAAUACACACCAGAUUUGAGUCAGAAACAGGUGGAUGACAUCAUCGGUAAAGCCUUCCAACUCUACAGUGACGUCAUCCCACUAGACUUCAAGCAGAUCGACGACGGCACUGCGGAUAUCGUGAUCGUCUUUAAGGGUGGAUCUCAUGGGGACUUUAAUCCUUUUGACGGCCCGGGUAGAGUCUUAGCUCACGCAAACUCUCCGGGGCUGAGUCAAGGAGGGGACACACACUUUGAUGAUGAUGAAGAAUGGACAUUAGACCAAAGAGGUGUGAAUCUGUUCCUGGUGGCCGCACAUGAGUUCGGCCACGCUUUGGGAUUGGACCAUUCCAGAGACAGGGGUGCGCUGAUGUUCCCCACUUAUAAGUAUGUCAACACAGAUGACUACAAGCUGCCAGAUGAUGAUAGGCAAGAGGUUCAGGCGCUCUAUGGUAGCCGCACACAGGAGCCAACAAAAGUCCCCGAACCCGUACAACGAUCUGAACCAGAGCCGGAGGAUCCAACAGAAGACCCGCAAGACCCUCUUCCAAACCCUCGUGAUGAGCAAUGUAACCCCGAUUUGGUAUUUGAUGCCACCACAUCCAUCAGGGGAGACUUCUACUUCUUCAAAAAUGGAUACUACUGGAGGAAGAGUGCCUCAUUCCCAGAAAUCCGUUUUACUAAAGUGAGCACAAAAUGGCCACCGAUCAAUACUGUUGACGCUGCAUAUGAGGCUGAAAACAAAGACACCGUUUUUCUCUUUGAGGGUAAUCAGGUGUGGGGGAUAUAUUCCAUUCCAAAGACAAUAAUACCAGGUUAUCCAAAACCGCUAACCAGCCUGGGCCUGCCUUCCACUGUCAGUAAGGUGGAUGCAGCCGUCUACGUGGUAGAGACUGGAAAAACAUUAUUUUUUGUGAAUACAGAGUAUUGGAGCUAUGAUGAGGCUUCAAACCAAAUGGAUCCUGGGUAUCCGCGAUUAAUUGCUACUGACUUUCCUCUCAUCGGGUCAAAGGUUGAUGCUGUUUUUGAUUCAUUCUCUAAAAAGGUGAGUCUUUUUCUGUCCGUAUUUUGUCCAAAAUUAUUGACAGACUUGUUUCUUUGUUGUGCUCACAAGAUGGAGUCACUCAACACAUUUGAGUCAGAGAUGGAGCCUGACGGGCAAGGGAGCUACUCUCUAUUUCCAUCUUUGGAUAGCAUCGCUGGUUUGUCUGGGACGGCUGAUACGCUGGAGAGUGAACCGUCCAGUGAAAUUGCAGAAAAGCCAAACCUCACCUGGCUAGAUGCUGCUCAGAUCGUUUUGGAGGAAGCUGGACAUCCCAUGCACAUUAAAGAGAUCAAGCAAAGAAUCAUUGACCGGGGGCUUGUUCAGUCCAAUGCAAAGUCAAGUCUGGAAGCUGUCAUGUAUCGCGAGACACAAAAAGGCAGCAAGAGAUUCAAGAGGAUUGAAAACAGAAAUGGAGUCUUUGCGUUGCUGACAGAUGUUGAGCGGCAGCAGGCCCUAAAGGCCUUCACUGCUCAGGCCUUCCUGGGCACACCGCAGCAGAACACCGUCUCUGCUUCGGGAUCCGGGGCCGCUCCCGCUGUUGCGCCUUUUCCGUCCCCUGCAAUCUCCUCAGAGAACAAAGCCAAGAUGAGGAGAGGUGCACGGAAAAAAAUGAAUGAAAAGUAUCGGUUGAAGUACCUCCGACUACGCAAAACAGCACGAGCCAUGAUAUUUGAAAACGCAGCUUUGCAUGACGAAGUUGCCCAUCUAGAAGAAAAAUUUGUAAGAGCCAAGGAAGAGCGCCAAUUGUUGCUGUUGCACUACCAGUCCCUGUCAGAGGGUGACUUCCUGCCCACGCCCAGCUCGACCACUCAUCCCGCCGUGCCGCCUCCCCCGGCGAGCUCCGGUCCCGGAGCACCACCCAGCCUGUGCGGGACGCACAUGCUCACAUCCGUGGCGUCGGCUGUGGACGAGGGGCAGCUUAAAAAACCCAAGAAGGAGCGCAAAGAGCGGGGCAGAGAGAAUGGAAAGGAUGAGCUUCCGAAGAAAAUGGCAAAGAAGCGAAAACUGGCUGACGGUUCCCGUAAGCUCGUGCAACUCAUCCCGCUUGACUCCUGCGGUCGUCCCGUCUUCCCCAUCGUGUUGGGCGGCUUAACGUUGUACAGCUUGGGCGAGAUCAUCACGGACCGAAUGUUUUUCCAUGACGAAUGUGCCAUCUACCCGGUGGGCUUCUGCAGCACACGGGUCUUUGCCAGCAUGAAAAACCCUGAGCUGCAGUGCCUCUACACAUGCCAAAUCAAAGAUGGAGGAAGCGGACCGCAGUUUGAGAUUGUACCUGAGGACGAUCCCCAGAAUGCCAUCGUGGCCUCCUCGGCCCUGAUGUGCCACUCGAACCUACUCAAGGCCAUCGCGUCAGUCAGUUCCAAGGCUGUUGCCCCAAUUGUGCCAUCCGGAGCAGACUUUUUUGGCUUCUCGCAUCCCACCAUCCAGAAUCUCAUUCAAAGUUGUCCCGGCGCACGGAAGUGUAACAACUACCGAUGGAUACGUUUUGAAGUGUGUCGCCCGGGCGAUGGCCAGAAUCCUCAUAGCCUGUCAGAGGACGACGCCUCCAUCAACUUUGAGGCCUAUCAGCGACACCGACACUUUAGUGACAAGCUGGAGCAAAUCCCAGCACAGACAUUGCAUUGUUCUAGUGCGUCGCACCUGACCACCACGUCUGUGAAGCCGUCGACUUCCUACUUCAGCUCCUGAAUUUCGGUUCCUAAAAGGCUUUGAAGGCCAUAAGAAUUGACAAGACAAGGAUGACAAAUGCAGAAAACAUCAAUUGUUUAUUUUUGUGACUAGAAACCAGUCGCUCAAUAUUGACCUUUUUAUUUGUUCAAAUUGUGCAAAUGACAGUGAUUUGUGUGGUAAAGUGUUCGUUUAAAAUAAAACAUGGACCUUAUGCAGUUUUA